AUGACUUAUUCAUUCGUCGUUCCAUUCCAUCCGAUCCAACCGAUUUCCAUUUUGAUCGGCGAUUACUGUGUACUGAUCACCUCUUUCGUUCAUCUGAGAUUGGCGAUCCCAUCUCUGGACUCAGAUUCGUAUUUCGCAGUUCCCCCAAAAGCCCUGUCACUCCGUUCAUACCUCUCAACCUUCGCCACCGCCGGCCUCCGGCUCCGAGUUCCAGCAUCCAAACUUCGGGAUGCAAGGUUGAGGGAGGGUUUUCUUGCUGUAGAUUGGAAAAUGGAAGGUUUCAAGUCUAAAUUUAGAUUAGCAACAAUUGUCAUUCUUUCCAUUGGAAUUGGUCUACUUGCCGUAUAUGAUUUAUUGAAGCCGAUUACAAAUGGUUGUAACAUGACAUACAUGUACCCAACUUACAUUCCAAUAUCAGCUACAGAAAGUUCAUCUUCUUCAAAGUAUGGACUGUAUUUGUAUCAUGAAGGCUGGAAAAAAAUCGAUUUUAAAGAGCAUCUUAAACAACUUAAUGGGGUUCCUGUUCUUUUCAUCCCUGGAAAUGGAGGUAGCUACAAGCAGGUCAGGUCCAUAGCAGCAGAAUCUGAUAGGGCUUAUCAAGGUGGCCCACCUGAUUCUAUGUUGUACCAAGAAGCUUCCUUAAUGCUUGAGGAGGGAGUAGAUAUGGAUGAAAAAGAUAUUCCAAAAGUCACCCAGUAUACUCGCAGGCUUGACUGGUUUGCAGUUGACCUUGAAGGUGAACAUUCUGCAAUGGAUGGCCAGAUACUUGAGGAACAUACAGAAUAUGUUGUAUAUGCCAUUCACAGGAUUCUGGAUCAAUAUAAAGAAUCUCGAGAUGCUAGAGAAAAAGAAGGUGCUUCUGAAUCUGGUAGUUUGCCUAACAAUGUCAUAUUAGUUGGCCACUCUAUGGGUGGUUUUGUUGCUAGAGCUGCAGUUGUGCACCCUAAUUUGAGAAAGUCAUCAGUUGAAACUGUUGUCACCUUAUCAACUCCACAUCAGUCACCCCCCAUUGCAUUGCAGCCAUCAUUGGGCCACUAUUAUGAGUACAUAAAUCAGGAAUGGAAAAAGGGUUAUGAGGCUCAAACAUUAUCUCGAGUGAUUGUUGUCUCCAUUUCUGGUGGUGCUAAUGAUUAUCAGGUAAGGUCAAAGCUAGAAUCAGUUGAUGGUAUUGUCCCAUCUACUCAUGGUUUUAUGAUCAGUAGCAUGGGCAUGAAGAAUGUAUGGCUAUCAAUGGAGCACCAGGUUAUCUUAUGGUGUAAUCAACUUGUUGUGCAAGUUUCACAUACUCUUCUUAGUUUGGUUGACCCUGAAACUGGUCAUCCCAUUUCUGGGUCAAGGAAAAGACUAUCAAUUCUUACAAAAAUGCUUCAUAGUGGAAGUUUUCCAAAGCAAAAAUCAGGUUUACUUCAGCAGCAUUCAUCACAUCUUCCUUUACACAAAGAGAGAAAAUAUGCUGGGUGUCCUAGUAAACUACAAUGGAGUGAUGAGGGACUUGAAAGGGAUCUUUACAUCAAGACACCAACAGUAACUAUUUUAGCAAUGGAUGGCAGAAGGCGUUGGCUGGACAUAAAAGAACUGGGGUCAAAUGGAAGAAACAAGUUUGUUCUUGUAACAAACCUUCUUCCUUGUUAUGGGGUUAGACUUCAUCUUUGGCCUGAGAAAGGAACUUCUGCAUCAGAUUUGCCUCUCAGCAAAAGGGUUGUUGAAGUGACAUCAAAGAUUGUGCAGAUUCCUUCAGGACCAGCACCAAGGCAGAUUGAACCAGGAAGUCAGACUGAACAACCACCACCAUCAGGUGUUUUUUGGUUGGAAUCAAAGGAUAUGCAUGGCUUCAGAUUCCUCACUAUCUCAGUUGCACCAAGCCCUACUGUUUCAGGGAGACCUCCACCUGCAGCUUCAAUGGCAGUUGGGCAGUUUUUCAACCCACAAGAAGGGCGUAAACAGUUUUCUCCUCACUCAUUGCUUCUCUCUAUGUAUUCUCGGAAGGACAUUUUCAUUAAGGAGGAUCACCCUAUUGCAAUGAAUAUUACAUUCGGUAUCAGUCUAGGGCUUUUUCCUGCUAGAGUGUCUCUGGAAACAACAGGCUGCGGGAUAAAAAACCCUGGACUUCCUGUUGAAGAGGCUGGAGACAUGGAUAGUGGAAGUCUUUGCAAGCUUCGAUGCUUUCCACCUGUAGCCCUUGCAUGGGACCCGACAGCUGGCAUUCACAUUUUUCCGAAUUUAUAUUCUCGUAUGAUUGAAGUGGAUUCAUCACCUGCACUUUGGACCUCAGCUCAUGGAUCUGAAAAAACCAAUGUUUUGUUACUGGUGGACCCACAUUGUUCUUAUAAAACUAGUGCUGCUGUUUCUCUAACUGCUGGUGCUCGUAGAUUUAUGCUUUUAUACGCCUCCCAGAUUAUUGGAUUUGCAUUUGCUGUAGUUUUUUUUGGUCUGAUGAGGCAAGCGAAUGCAUGGGAGCUUGAUCUGCCUGUUCCUUCGUUACUAUCUGCAGUGGAAUUGAACCUUGGAAUGCCGAUUCCGUUUCUUGUCCUUGCUGUUUCCCCCAUUCUUAUUGCUUUGUUUUAUUCAUGUCUAAGCACAUCCCCAUUUCCUGCGGUUUCUAGCUUCUUUUUUGUUUCAAUCAUUUGCUACUUAAUAGCAAAUGGGAUCAUAAUCUUUUUGAUAUUAACCACCCAGAUACUCUCCCAUGUGGUUGCUAGAGUACAUGUUUUCUUUAAAACAAGGUGGAAAUGGUGGAUAGGUGAUAACUCAAAUUCCACUAACUUUUUCCCAUUUAAGGUGGCAAGGGUUAUAAAUGUCAAUUCAUCAUUAGCCACAUCACUUGUUGCCAUUGCUUUAGUUUGCUUUGUCCAUCCAGCUUUAGGUCUCCUUAUCUUACUCUUCUCCCAUGCGCUGUGCUGCCACCACGCCUUAUGCAGUUUUUUUACCGCUUCCAGCAAGGCUCGUAGUGAGGACUUAUUUGGAUUUGGAAAUAACAAAAAGUCAUUUAAAUUCAAGAAUGAAGAAUCGGAGGAGGGAUUGCCUGUGGAUGAGAACAGCUCCAGUACCCCGGACUCUACACGAAGCUAUGGUGAUACACAACUUGAGAUAUUUCACCAUAGACAUGGAUUGUUAAUCUUGCAUCUUCUUUCACUCCUCAUGUUUCUUCCUUCACUUGUCGCUUGGUUUGAGAGGUUAAGUAUGGGGCACAACUUUCCAUGGCUGUUGGAUUCCAUCCUGUGUAUGGGUGUAGUCCUCCACGGAAUCUGUGAUUCCAAACCGGAGUUCAAUGUGUUCUUUCAGAUUCCGGGAAUGAGAGGGUAUGAAAUCAGACAAGGAUUUGUAUACCUUGUUGCAGGAUUCGGUUGCUAUCUUUCAGAAUUAUAG